AUUUGGGGUAAAAUUAUUGAAAAGCUGCUGAUUGGGUAGGCCAGGGAGUGGAUUUAAAUUGGGCUAAAGUUAUACGGCAGAAGUUACUGUCAUUUACUUGUGAACAAGGCAAGGAAUCAGGUAUUAAAAGAGGAGGAGGAUUAGUGGACAGAGCAGGCAGGGAGAGAUUUUAGCCGUAGUAGAAGAGAGAAAAAGGAGAAAAAUUCAAUAUUCAGACACCAUGGGAGCCCAUUAAUGAUUGUGAAGAGUGUCUUGAUCUAGUUUGAGUGUCUGUGGUGGAAAUUUUGAUAGGGAGUAGAGGUUUACAGGAGUUGGGUAGUGGAGGGAUUGAGCUUAAAACCCUUGGAGGCAAACUGGGUUUUGUAGGGAACAUAUGAAAGUAUAAGUGGACUAAGUUAGGGUUUUAUUGUUGAGAUAUUGUUUGGACUGUUUUGUUUUCGAUAUUUCAUCAGAUUAACUAGAUUGCAGAAUGGCCGGCGCAGAGGCAGCAGCUCCUGAGGGCUCUGUGAAUUCUUCUCUGUCAGGCCUUGUUAAGGAUGGGCCUGUUAUGGGCAUGUUGAACAAGCGGCUGAGGGCUCUGAAGAAGAAAUAUAACCGUAUAUUGCAGAUUGAAGAGAGCCGAAAUCAAGGCAAAGCUAUCAACAAAGAGCAGGAGGAUGUGCUCAAGGCCAAGGUUAGUGUUGCUCUACUGAUCGAGGAGUAUGAAAAACUCAGGCAGCCUCUUUCUCUUGCUGUCAAGGAAGAGCUUGGUGAGAGGGAGAAAGAGCCUCUGUCAUCAGAGGACAAUGAGAACGAGAAUGGCUCUAAGGUAGCUGCUGAAGAGGAAGACAAGGAGGGGGGCGUGGAUGAGAAGCGAACCCGAACCCUUGAUAGCCAGGAGAGCAGGGAGGUUGAAGUCAGGGAAGCAAAGGAAGCAAGCUGUCGGGAUGUAAGAGAUGGCGCAGCGGAGGAUGCCAUUGCAGAAGUGUUGAAGAUAUUGUAUCUUGGGCGCUUGUUCAAUGUGGUUGAACAGAAUGAUUCGCCGUCGAUUAUGUGGUCGAAAAUGCACGAGCGUAGCUCCUGUCUCUCAUAUGAUUUUGUCACAGAUGAUACCAAUAAGCCUCUGCGGGAAGAAGAUCUGGACCAUCUUUCUCUUUUGGGGUCUUUAAUGAUUUCGCGCCCACAAAAUGCAACUCUUUCUCAUAAAACUGCUCUCGAGAAUUGCCUGUACCAUGCCCAACAAUGGCAGCUCAACUCUGAACAGACUAUCCAUCCAGAUGUUUCAGUAUCAUACUCUGAUCUGAGGGAGAAGUUGAACAGGAUAAUAUCUUCUGAGUACUUCACCAUGAUCCCGGAGUUUCAAACUAUCAGUCAGCAAACAGCAGCCGCUGCAGCCACAACUGCUGGUCAAUAUGUUACUCAGGCUUUAGCACAAGACAGUUCUGCAGAAGGGAACAUUUAUCAUACUGAAGCUCCAACUGUUUACUAUAAACCAGAGGAUCAGAGCCAUGAAGAGCAGAAAUUUUACCACACAGAAGAAUAUAAUGGUACUCCAGAUGGUACUGAAGAUCCAUUGGAUUCUGUUGGGGAGGUCAAUCCUUCUGCACUAUAUGUUCCACAGAAUGACACCUCCUUGGAAGACACUCAGAGUUAUGCCAACCAGAAUGCAAGUCUUGAUCCUGCUUUAGAACAAAGGGAGUCUCACAUGGAACCCUUGAUGUCUCAGUCUCAAGUGCCACAACAAAAACAGCAUUCACCUGUGCAACAGGGCCAUCAAGAGCUGGAACUGGACCCUAAGGUUCAUGAGCAGCAGCAGGAAUACAAACAUAAAGAGAGUCAACAGCAUGCCCAAUACCAUUCCCAGAAUGGUGGAUCAUCAAGGGGUUAUCAGGGGCAGAGAGGAGGACGUGGUAUGGGUUAUGGGGGUGGCCGAGGGAGGGGUUAUACGAAUGGGCGAGGUCGUUUUGGCAGGGGUGGGGGCUAUUCCAAUGGUCGUGGCCAGUAUUAUGAACAGGGAAAUUACUAUCGCAGAAACUUUAAUAGUGGAAGAGGACGUGGGAGGAGAAAUACUGAAAUGAUGGACAAUAACUAUGUGGAUGGUGCAUUGCAGGAUAAUGCUGCAACACAAGCAAAUUAGUUUUGUCAGUUAUAAUCUUGAUGUUUCCAGUUUCCCUGGACUUUUUUGUUCAGAAUUGAAUUGCAAAGUUAUACUUAGAUCUAGGGAAAAAUUAGAUGUAGAACACUGGCUGUCUCUAGUGGAUGGAUGCAUGUCGUAGAUGUUGGAUUACUCUUAAACUUCUUGUGAAAAUCUUUCCAGUGUAUAAGAUAAAUUUAUGGCAUACCCAUCAAGGGAGUUCCUUUUUGUGGAUGGUUACGCUAAGCUUUCCCUUCAUGCAGGGGACUCUGUACGAGUUACUUUGUUUUUAGCCAAUGAUGCAUUCCUGGUAUGCUUUGUUUCACAUGCAGCUAUUUUGUCUCCACAGCUUGGGGCCAAGAGACCUCGGCUUAUGUAAACAGCAUUUUUGAUGUCUUAUUGGAUCAUGCACAUCUACGAGGCCAUGUAAGAGCAUGGAAUUUUUAGGUGGACUUCAAAGGACAAAGUAGGGGCAUAUCUCAUGGUUAGCUAAUUUUUUAAUCGACAGUAGAUGCUGCAACAUACAGGUGGUAAUUUCUAUGAGACUGCUAAAUUUUUGAUAAAUGACAGGAGGCUAAGAACUUUUACUAAUGGUAAUAGAUGAGUCAUGACACUUAAGUCAAUUGCUAGUUGUCUAGUUGUCCCUUGAGGAAGUAAAAAACCCCAUGUCUAUAUGACUAUUGAUGAAUCCUGUUCAUAACAUAGAAUGCUUUCAUUCGAACACCUGGGCAUCCUUAUGUUGGUGUUCAAAAUUCUUAUAUUGGUGCUUGACGCCAAGAUGUAUGAUUUUAUGAAACAGUAUAUGAUUUAUUUGUGUCA